UCUGCAGAGUCGCAGCAUUAUUUUUGGUUUGCGGACCACUCUUGUCCACUGGCCCUCGGUCCUGCUUGUCUCGCCUCGUCCUGGAUUUACUUGAGUUGACAUUUUUAACGCCUCACAUUUAUCCACUGUUGGGAUUCUCGGAGACUUGAUUGUGGCAGAGCUGGUCCAGACGUAAAGUGUGUGACAUUGCGGAGCGGCACCCAAGAUGUCAGGAUCAGUGCAAGUGUCACAGAAGGAGCGGCAGCUGCAGCAUCGCAAGGAGGAGCAUCAGAAGGAGGCUUAUCGCCAUCAUCAUCAUCAUCGCCAGCAGCAGCAGCAUCAUCAGCAUCAAUAUGAAAGCAGCAGUCGCUUGAGCACGAAGUCAUCCGCCAGCAAGCAGUCCUUCUCCACUUACAAGACCACUAGCCAUCGCAUGAAAACCACCGCAAAGUCCGACGAGAAGGCUCUGCGGCGGGCGGUCAAGUCGUUGAGUCCGCUGCCCAAGCGGGCCAAGCGCACCUACCUGGCCACCGACUUGGACAAGGAAGUCAUCGGCUACGUGAUUCCGAUUUUCAGAGCCAACCGCCAAGAGGUGCGCGCCUUGAUGGAGGCCCGCGAGGAGGACGACGCCGAGGAGGGCAUCAACUACGUGGCCAUGAGGAACCUGUUUGUCCGCGAGGCCAGGGAGGCCGCGGAGGUCAAGGUGGAGAAAAAGAGCAGGUUCACGCGCAUCCGAGAGUCGGCCGAGCGCGUGCAACUGAACAGGACCUUGGAUGAGUGGACGGAGUUCCGCAAGAAAAUGAACCCGGAUAGUCUCAUGCACCCCCCGGAGAUGACCACCAAGCCCCGUGGACAGACUGUUUGGGAGGGCCGGACCAUCAGGCUGCACUGCGCCGUGGCUGGCUGGCCCAGACCAAGGGUCGCCUGGUACAAAAACAACGUGCCGAUUGAUGCCAAGGCGCGCCCCGAGAAGUUCACCGUGGAGAGCAAUUACAACAUGCACUACCUGGAGAUCAAAAACUGCGACUUCCUCGACACGGCCGCCUAUCGGGUGUCUGCGCUCAACGUAAAAGGAGAAAUGUCCUGCGUGGCCACCGUGGUUGUCAAACGCUUCCACGAUGAGGAAAGAGAUCUGACCGUGACCCAACCUCACGGCUUCGGCUCCCACCGCGGCGUCACGUUCGAGACCACCAUCCUGGACAAAUUCAAAGUGGCGUGCGGCCGCGAGGGGGAGACGCUGAGCCUGGGUUGCACCGUCGUCGUGUAUCCCACUGUCAAGAACUACGUGCCCGAAGUGGUGUGGUACAAAAACGGCGCGCCGCUGAAGGCGUCGCAAUGGGUGCACGCGCAGUGGGCCGGACAGCGCGCCACCCUGACGCUGGUCCACCUCAACAAGGAAGACGAGGGCUUGUACACCAUGCGUGUCAUCACCAAGUCCGGCUAUGACGCCUACUCCGCCUACGUGUUUGUCAGAGAUGCCGACGUGGAGGUGGAGGGGGUCCCCGUAGCCCCCCUGGAUGUGCGCUGCCACGAUGUCAACAAGGACUAUGUGGUGGUGACCUGGAACCAGCCCGCCGUGGAGGGCAGCGGCCCCAUCCUGGGCUACCACGUCGAGAGGUGCGAGGUGGGAACGCACCACUGGGCGCAGUGUAACGACACGCCGGUCAAGUACGCCCGCUUCCCCGUCACGGGCCUGGUGGAGGGCCGCUCUUACGUGUUCAGGGUGACGGCCCUCAAUAAGGCGGGGGUGAGCCGCCCGUCACGCGUCUCCGACGUGGUGGUCGCUAUGGAUCCCUUCGACAGGGCCCGCCUUCUUGGACCUUCUGCCCCUUGGACUGGCAUGAUCAAGUUCACAGAAGAGGAUCACACCGUUGGAGUGGUCCCCGGAGAACCCACUGAGGUCGUGGUUACCGAGGCGACCAAGAGCUACGUGGUGCUCGCCUGGAAUCCCCCCAUCCAAAGGGGUCACGAAGGAGUCAUGUAUUACAUUGAGAAGUGCGUUUCAGGCUCCGACACGUGGCAGAGGGUGAACACCAGCAUGCCCGUCAAGUCUCCCCGCUUUGCCCUGUUCGACCUGAGCGAAGGCAAAUCUUACAGCUUCCGCGUGCGCUGCUGCAACUCCGCCGGCGUGGGCGAGGCCUCCGAAGCCACCGGCUACAUCACCGUGGGAGACGUUCUCGACCCGCCGUCUUCUCCGGGCGCGCCCGUGGCCACCAGGAACACCGGCACCUCCGCGGUGGUCUCCUGGGCGCCCUCCAAGGACGUCAAGGACCCGGUGGGCUACUACGUCGAAUACAGCGCGGUGGGCACCGACGUCUGGAUCCCGUGCAACAACAGGCCCGUCAAUCAGACCAGGUUCGUGUGUCACGGCCUCCCCAGUGAGACGACGUGCGUGUUCCGAGUGAAGGCGGUCAACGCCGCCGGCUAUAGCUUGAGUUCCGCGGCUUCGCAGCCAGAGCUGGUGCGGGCGGCCAUUUCCGUCCCCGCGACGCCAACCGACGUACGCCUGCUGGAGGCUGACAGGGACACCAUGGUGCUGGGCUGGAGCGAGCCCGCCGACAACGGAGGAGCCGACAUCAGAGGAUACUUUGUGGACUACCGCACCGUGAAGGGACGCGCGGUCGGCCAGUGGCGCGAGCUCAACCUCCGCGCCUUGACCGCCGCCUCCUAUAAGGUGGAGAACCUCCGGGAGAACGUGGUUUACCAGUUCCAGGUGCGCGCCGUGAACAUGGCGGGCGUGAGCGACGGCUCGGUGCCCAGUGCUGCUUUGGAGUGCCGAGAGUGGACCCUGACUGUGCCAGACGCUCCCGUCGGUCUUCACGUUGUGGAGGUGCGGGACUCCUCCAUGGUGAUCCUGUGGGAGCCGCCUUCGUUCGACGGCCGCUCUCCCAUCAACGGCUACUAUUUGGACUUCAAGAAGGCGUCGGAUGGGGAGGAAGGCUGGAUGGCCGCCCACGAGAAGGCCAACGAGUCCACCUUCAUGAAAGUGAGCGGGCUGCGGGCUGCUACAUCCUACGUCUUCCGCGUGCGCGCUCAAAACCUCGCGGGCGUGGGGAAUCCCUCCGCGGUCUUGGGUCCCAUCCUGGCCGAGACGCCCCCCGGUACCAAGGAGAUGUACGUGGACGUCGAUGACGACGGCGUGAUCUCCAUGGUCUACGAGUGUCCCGAAAUGAUUGAGGGCUGCGAGUUUGUUUGGGCGAAGGAUUACCAGCCCAUCGCAGACCCCACCAGACUGACCAUCGUCGAAGAGAAGGGCAGGACCAGAGCUAUCUUUAACGACCCCUCCCCGGAGGAUCUGGGCAAUUUCUCCUGCGUAGUCACCAAUAUGGAGGGGGUCUCAUCCAGCUAUCAGCUCACAGAGGAAGGUCUGAUGCAUCUGCUGGACGUCAGCCACGACCACAAGUUCCCCGUUAUUCCCUUUAAGAACGAAAUGGCCAUGGACUUGCAAGAGAAGGGCCGGGUGCGCUUCUGGACUCAGGUGGAGAAUUGCAGCAAGGACUGUCAAGUCGAAUACGUUUUUAACGAUGCCAUCAUUCAGCAAGGAAAGAAAUACACCAUGAACUUUGACAAGAACACCGGCAUCAUCGAAAUGUUCAUGGACUCCCUGGAAGUAGCCGAUGAGGGGACGUACACCUUCAAUUUGGUCGACGGCAAAGCAAAGGGCACCACCAGUCUGGUGCUCAUUGGAGAAGAGUUCAAGGCGCUGCAGAAGAAGUCGCAGUUUGAGAGAGCAGAAUGGCUCAGGAAACAAGGUCCUCACUUUAUCAAGUACCUGGACUUCACCAUCACGCCGCAGUGUGACGUGCUGCUGCAGUGCACGGCAGCAAACAUGAAGGCGGACACGGAGAUCAUCUGGUACAAGGACAGCCUCUCGAUCGGCGAGCGCGACGAGGCCGCCAAGAAGCUGGAGAAGAAGGCCGACGUGCUGACCUUUAAUAUCGGAAAGUGGGUUAGUAAACAGGACACGCAGGCGCAAAGUGAAGAGAGCGAGCCGCCCGCCGAGGACGCUUCGCCGCCGCCGCCGCCGCCGCCAAGACCCAAAAUUUCCAAGAGCGACGCGGGCAUCUACGAAGUGUACCUGAGGGACGAGAGAGGCCAAGACAAGAGCAGGUUCGAUCUUACCAAUGAAGGUUACCAGGCUGUUAUGAAUGAAUUAUUCAGGGUGAUCGCCAACUCCUCCUCUCAAAUCCAAGUCACCAGCACUGAACACGGCAUCGUCCUCUCCUCCGACGUCACGUACUACCACGAGGACCAGCGCAUCAACUGGCUGCACAAGGACGCCAAGAUCGCCGCUUCGGAGCGCGUGAAGGCGGGAGUGACGGGCGAGCAGCUGUGGGUCAAGAUCAACGACCCCACCGAGAAGGACAAGGGCAAAUACGCCAUUGACCUGUUCGACGGCAAGGACGGCGUCAAGCGCGUGUUUGAACUGUCUGGACAAGCGUGGGAGAGAGCAUUUGAGGAAUUCCAAAGGCUCAAGGCGGCAGCCAUCGCAGAGAGAAAUCGCGCUCGUGUCAUUGGAGGCCUGCCAGAUGUGGUUGCGAUCCAAGAGGGCAAGUCUCUUAAUCUGACCGGCAACGUGUGGGGCGACCCCACGCCCGAGGUGAGCUGGACCAAGAACGAGCGAGAGCUGGUGAGCGACGAGCGCUACGUGCUCAAGUUCGAGCACGGCAAGUACGCCAGCAUCGCCAUCACUUCCGUCACCCGAGCCGACUCCGGCAAGUACGCCUUGGUGGUGCGCAACAAGUACGGAACGGAGGCCGGCCUGUUUACGGUCAGCGUGUACAACCCGGAGGAUGACGAACACCUAAAGCAGGAGAAAAAGUAGGACCGAGGGUGCAAAGUGGAAGAGUGAAUACAUUAGUUGGGUGGUUAAUGGCAAUGCAAAGGCAAGCGAAGCACCGUUUUCUGAGCAAGUCGGUAUUUGAAGUCAACUUUGAAAACAGGUUGCUUCUGUGAAGAAAGAAAAGCAAUAAAAGAACUCUGAUAUCACCAGCCACUGUUUGUUUUCUGACUGCGUCAUUAUUUUGAGUAACCCGUGAAAACAGUUUGCUUCUGUGAAGAAAGAAAAACAAUAAAAUAACUCUGAUAUCUCCAA